CCAGAACCAGAAGCAUGCGCAGUGAGCACGACCUCGAGGGCUGUAGCAUUAGCAGCGAGAGCUCCGGCGACGAGGACUUGGUGUAUGAAGCCGAGAUGACAGAAGAGCAGCAAAAGGCCCUCGAGCUUGUCGUUGCUAGCUCGGCUAGCCCGUACAACUAUGACCUCCACCUGCAGGCCAUUGCCGCGCUCUCGGGCGAUCCGAUGCUCGCGUCGCAGCUCCAGACGCAGUUCAGCCGGUUCCACGAAGCCUACCCGCUGACGCUAGAGCUGUGGCAGCAGUACCUUGCCUUGGCGCCCGAGCAACUUCCCGUUGCGCUCAAGGACUAUCUGCAACCGGCACUGUACUACAUGUACAUCGACUCGUUCGACGACAACUUUGACGAUGACAUGGAUGAGGCAUGGAGCACAGUGCUCACAGCACUGGGCCCGCACUGGUGCGAGAGCGAAAAGGUGUACGGUCUCUACCGGGCGCAUCUUCGCGAUACGAUCACGGACGCCGCCAAGCUCUCGGACCGCCUCAAGUCCAGCUACGAAAGUCAGCUGGCAAUUCCUCUCUUUGAAGGCAGCGACCGUGUGCUUUCCGAGUACCGUGCGUGGAGCGAAUACGAGUCCCACAACGCGGACGCGCUCCAGAAGAGCCUGCACUCGAUCUCUUCGACGCUGGCGCGCUCUAAAGGCCUGCUCCAUGCCAUGGCCGCGUUCGAGUCGCAGCUCGACCAUGCGCCGGACGUCGCGACUCUUCAGAGCGUCUGGCUGCAGUACACGGCACACCUCACAUCCAAGCUCAAGGUUGUCGGCUGCAGCAUCCUUCUCAACGCCUUUGAGCGCGCGGUCGCGAGCGUGUGCCUCAGCAGUGUUCUCUGGGAGGCGUAUCUGGACUUUUUAGCCGACCAGCGAAUGUAUGGCGCCAUGGUGCAAGUGGCCAUGCGCGCCGUGCGCAACGUGCCGUUCGCUGCAUCGGCGUGGACGUCGCUGCUGCUCGCACUCGAGUGCAACGGCGGCUUUGACGCCUACGAGGUCAUCCUCGACGAGCUCGAGGGCCGCCAAGCGCUCUCGCUGGACCAGCUUCUCGUCGUGCUGCUCGCCUACUGCGACACGCGUCGCCGGACAGGAUCCAAGCGAGACCUCGCUGCCGCCUUUGCACGCUGCCAGGGGCUUCUCACUGAGUACCCCGCGGGUGCUUCCAUGCUGCGCAUGUACGCUGCAAAGUGCAUGGUGCCACCGCGAACACCGUCGGCGUGGACCAAACACGUGGCAGCGGCGUGGGACGCGAUUAUAGCCAACGACGGGACGCUCGCGACGUGGCAAGCGUGCAUUGCCGAGAGUCUUCGCGCUGGCGCACCGCUCGACGUGAUGCGCAAGUACUACAAGCGCGGGAUUGCGGCCGUCACGGACUACCCCGGGGUCCUUGCGGAGGCGUAUGUGCUUUUUGAGCGCGAGAUGGGUGACUCGGUCCAAGACGUCCUCGCGGCACAGAAGCUCUGCGUCAAGACGCAAGCGAAGCAGGCUCACGAAGCACCAGUGGUCGUCGAGACUGCCGAGAAGAACGAGUCCAAGAAGCGCAAGCUCGUCGAAGCUGAAACGCAGCGCCAAGACGAGUACAAGCGUCAGCGCACGUCGGAUGCCGACGGUCGUACUGUGUUUCUCUGCAACCUGGACAAGGCGACGACGAAAGAAGACCUUGAAGCCCUCUUCGCACCGUGCGGCUCGGUGACAGACGUUCGUCUCUUGCUGCGGAACCGCGAAAGCCAAGCGUCGCGAGGCAUGGCCUACGUCGAAUUCGAGUCGCCAGAGAGCGUGCCGAAAGCGCUCGCACUGCACGAGUCGAGCUUCCAAGGAACGCCGCUCAACAUCCAGCCGUCCAAGCCGACGGCGAAGCCCACCAAGGUCGUCGAGCGUGACGGCGUCUGGAGCACGAACCCCACGACGCUGUACGUGGCCAAGAUCAAUGACCAGGUCGACGAGGCCCACGUCCGAGCAUAUUUUGGCACAUUUGGCGCGAUUCGGGCUGUCAUGAUCCUUGGCCGCAAGAAGGAGAAGGCGGCGUAUGCGCUUGUCGAGUACGAAGCCGAGCAAAGCGUUUUGGACGCACUUGUCGCGGACGGUCCGCACGUGCUCUGUGACGGCACCGUUUCGCUCAAGAAGGCUCGGUUCAGCGUCGCCGAUAUGGUCGCGCAACAAGCAAAGUCGAAAGCCAACAUGAAGCCAGCGCCAACCAAGGCGUUCAAGCCCAAGGCGACGACCAAGCCAGCGCCAGCAAAGCCCGAUGACGUGGCAUCCACCAAGCCUGCGACACGGAUCGCGAUGCCCCGUACAAGUCUCGUACCCCGUGCCCUCCGCGGCCCUAAAGCGUCGGUCCACCUCGAGGCGCGGCCAAAGGCGGUCCCGGCACCAGCAAAGAUCAAGACGCCUCCAGCCGCGUCGGCUCAAGUUGAGCCGACCAAAGCCAAGUCCAACGCUGACUUUCGCAAGCUCUUUAUGCAAUCGUAAGAGAACCAUGCUCGCACAGCGAUUGUAUUCAAGUUAUAAACAAGCAACGGACUAUAUACCGCA